UUCCUUUCAUCAAGAAAGAUCAAUCAUGCUUCCAACUGUUACUUCAUCCAUGCGUGCAGACCAUGGCGAACCCAUAAACUCCAUUGAAUCAGAAAUAGAAGCAUCAAUCUGUUUCAUAGUUCAAUGUGAGGAUAUUCCAGUAACAACCACGAAUGGAUCAUCACCCCAAGUAUUCAACAUUGAGCUCCCUUACCUGAUUAACCCUCAAACCAGAGAGUUGUAUAUCCAAGAUAUGCUUUCACAAAUAGAAAUACCUCCCUCCUCCAUUUUGGGAUUAGCACAACAGAUAUCCAACUAUGCUGCUGCAGAGGCCUUGUUGUGCCAAGAGAGAGGGUCUCAAUCCUUGCAUAUCACCGUAGAUCUUAAUGUUGUUCUUUACAGAACUAUCGAAGAAGAAACUGAAGAUAUCGAGGCUACAUUGAUGGAUAUCGCUCGAGAAGAGGGUUUUAGGUUGACUCCAGCGUCACGAUCUUCGAUUGAGGCUUUGGAGAUUAAGAAAUUUGAUGAUACACAAGAGCCUGAGACUUGUAUGGUCUGCAUGGAUGAGUAUGUGACAGGAGUCGAUAUCGUGCCAUUGCCUUGUUCACAUUUCUUCCACAGUGAAUGCAUCGUCAAGUGGUUGGAAUACAAGAAUUUGUGUCCGUUGUGUCGCUUUGCAAUGCCUACAGAGGAUUAAUCUCUGCUGAUGACCAUGCCGAAGGAGGAAAGCAUCUUAGGAUUUAUCUUUUUGUUGGUUUUGUCUAGAGUUGGUUAGAUUGUAUCCCUAUUUUUUAUUAUUAUUAAUAUAUAC